AUGAAGACGUCCUUUCGAUCGAGAGCACCCAAAAGACGACACUUACCGGAACGCGUCAGGCGCACGCAAGAAUACUGCCGGAUUCUGGGACUACUGGCGCAUUACAAAGAGGCGGCAGGAGAGCCAUGUUCAGAAGAGGUGUGCCAAACUCCUGGUAUGGGGUGGCAGAUUCCGGCUGGUGGUCCGGUCGCGUCUCCGAAGCUCAGUGUCAAACAAUGCUCUUUGGAAGACUCACUGGUAGCCAGACAGGCCAAUAAUUCCGCCAGAGAGAGUAUUUUGUUGAGGAAUAUAGGCGGACUGAAACAUCUCAAAGUAGGACCUAUCACACCUAAAGGCUUAUCUUCCUGUCGAAAUGACUCUACAAGUAAUGACCCUUCUGUCAGGCCGGAUAGUGCAGAUAUCUUAACUGAUAAAGAAUGGACAGCAUUACCAUUUCACAAUUCCAUUAAGUACAGCAAAAUAAUCAUGAAAAAUUUGGCCAAGCUCGCUAAUACUGCGUAUCCAUUGGCGCCAGAUGGUAAGCAUGGAUUGUAA